CACUUAUCUGUUCCCUCAACAUUUCUAAGACGCAUUUCCCAGCCUCCGCAGCCACCGGUAUCCUCAAUCUCGGCCCUUCCCUUCCAUUCAUUCGGUCUUCCAGUCUCUAGGUCCUGCUGCUUGACGCAGACGUCUUGUAUCGUCCGCCUUCGCUAUCCUCGUUGGAAGGGCUGCCGAAAUUGUGAACUCGACCGGACUGGUCGACGGAUUUUUUCCACAUUCGUUGUUAUGGAGGGCGAUGGCGACGCCAGCUCUAAUUCUGCAACACCUGGAACGGGGGUGCCACUCCCAGUAGAAGCAGCAGCUGCACCAGCAAUGCCUGCCAUGGCUGCACCAGCAGCACCAGCAGCACCAGCAGCACCCGCAGCACCACAGCUGGUAGCAGGGCCACAGCCACCACCACCUUCACCAGCAGCGAAGCCGCCAAGCGCAUCAGACAGCACCCCCAGGCCCCCCAAGCCUUACGAGUCGACCACCACACCAGGCAGCACCGCCAGCCCCUCCGAGCCUUUCAUCCCGAAGCAGCCGGUGCGGGAGGACAUGGUUCGGCAGGCCGUCAGCUUCCUGUCCAACCCUAAGGUCCGGAGCUCCCCGGUCCGGUUCCGCCGAGCCUUCCUGGAGCGCAAGGGCAUGUCGGCUGAGGAGAUUGACGAGGCUUUCAGACGCUGCCCGGACCCCUCCACAGGGUCAGAAGACGUUGAAGUGCCCUCCUCUUCCCAGCCCCUGCCGGCCACUCGCAAGCCACCUGCUGUAGCCACUACAGCCGCAACAGCCGCUACUGCAGCAGAGCCCACACCCAGCACUGCUCUGCCUGCUGCCGCUGCUGCCCCUGCUGCUCCUGCUACCCCUGGUGCUGCUGGCGCUGGUGGUGGUCCACAGCAGGCACAGCAGCAGGCGUUUUCGUGGUCGAAGCUUGCUGUGGCUCUUGCUGUUGUCGGGGCAGGCACUGCGGGCACGGCUGCCGUUGCCAAGCGGCUUGUUCUCCCACGACUCAAGACUUGGUUGCAGGAAACUGCAGCGGAAGAAACUUCCAAGAGAGGCAAGAGCAGGAGCAAGCGGGCAGCAAAGAAGACCAGCAAGGGGAAGAGGGCGAGCAGAAGGGGGCAGAUCUCUGAUCCAGAUAAACUCAAGGCUGAAGGGGAUGCUGGAGAGGAGGAGGUGCAGGAAGAGGAGGAAGGAAGCAGCAGCAGCAGCAGCAGCAGUGAGUCAGAGAGCGAGUCAGAGUCAUCAGAUACUGACAGUGAGGAGGAGCGGGGGAAGGGGAGGAAGGGGAAGGGAGGGCAUGGCGGGGGCAGGGCAGGGCGGAGAGGGAAGGGCAAGGACAGGGGGGGGGGAGGGAGGAGGGGGGGCAGGAAGGAGGGGUCGCAGGAGGCUCUGCUGCGGGCGUUAGAGGCCAUGACUGCUGAAGUGCAGCAGCUCAAGGCGGCUAACGCUGCUGGCGGUGCUGCUGGUGGUGCGGCUGGUACAGCGGGCAUUCCGGUUUCUGUGGGUGCUGCAGCUGCUGGCAUUGCUGCUGCUGGAUCGAACAUGCGCAGUGCCCUCGCAUCUCGCCCCCCCAACCAGCAGCCGCAGCAGAGCGGGUCCGCCGCCUACUCCCAGCCCUACGCCCCGCAGCCCUACUCCGCCCAGCCCUGGCGGCCGUCUAGCGCUCCCUCACCCACUGCUUCUGCCGGUGGGGUAGGCGCUGGCAGUGGCAGUGGUGGUGGUGCUACUGGUGCCGGGGCAUCUGGUGCAGCGGCCGCCAACGGCCCUCCCCAUCCCAAGUCCUUCUAUGAGGUGAUGGAAAUGGUGAAGCGGGGAGAAACACCCCCUGGAAUCCAGGACAUCAACGACAAGCCCCCUAAUCCGGAUCAGCCCCCAUCAGACUCCCGCCUUGCGCGCCCUCUCAAGCCGUGGGAGUCUGCAGCAGCACAGCAGGGAGGCACCACUACUAGCACAGCGCCAGCAGCAGCAGGAGGAGCGGCAGCAGGAGCAGGGGGUGAGUCAGGCAGGGCACAGGCUGCGGGCAUGAGCUCUGCCUAUCGGCCAUACCCACCCACUCAGCCAUAUGGAGUCAAUCAGCCAUAUGCAGGCACUCAGCCAUACCAAGCCAACCAGCCCUACCAGCAGCUGCAGCACCAGCAGCAGUUUGGGCAAUCGUCUGCUUACAACCAGGGCGCCAUUGGCCCAGGUUACGGUGCCACUAAUGGGGGUGAUACUAAUGGAGGGGUGAGUUAUGCAGGCAUGAGUAACGGUGGAGCUGGUAACACGUCUGUGGAUGACUCUGCUCCGUGGUCCCACCGCCCUCCUGCCACGGCAUCCUCCGCCGCUGCUGCUGACUCAGCAGCCGCCGCCGCUGCUUCUGGAAUGUUCUCCGAUUCUCCCUCUGAACGCCCGCUCUCCGACCCUGCUUCCGCCACGUCAGCAGGUGGUGGAAUAGGAGGUGGAGGAGGGGGAGGAGCAACAGGAGGAGGAGGGAGUGGGGGGUCAUCCGGGGGGUGGAGGCCCCCGGCACUGCUGAAGCCGGUGCUCCCAGAGGCGGCUACAGCCAUCCGUCAGUGGCCUGCUGGCCGGGCGCCCAACUACUGGGGCGGCCCCUCCGCCUUUCCUGCUGAUUCCUCUUCUGAUUCUGCUGCUCCUGAUCCUGCUGCUGGCCCUCCUGGUAACCCUCCUGGCACUGCUGGUGCUUCCGCCUUUGCCGGGUCUGGUGCUCCUGUGCCAAUAUCUGCCGCUCCUGAUGUUGCCGCCCCGCCUGAUGUUUCGGCUCCAGCCCCUGCCCCUGCCCCUGCUCCUGCCAUUUCCACCGUGCCUGUUUCUGCCCCUCCACCUCUGGCCCCUGCCCUCGGCAUGCCUUCUGCGUCUGCCCCACCGUCUGCUACAGUAGAGUCUGCUGCGGCACCAUCUGUUGUAGCACCGUUCACUGUAGCACCGCCUACUGUAGCACCAUAUACUGUAGCAGCAUCAUCAGUAGCACCUGCAGGUGCAACAUCAGUGAUUGAUGUUUCAGGGCCUGCUCUCGUGCUAGGAGGGCUGCAGCCGAGCAAUGGUGGGGUAGCAGAGGGAGGGAGUGCAGCAGCAGCAGCAGCAGCAGCAGCAGAGGGAGUGAGCACAGUGCCGGAGGUGUAGCAUCCACUGAAGCAGCAUCUUUUUCAGCAUCAGCAGCCCACAUUCCUGAGCCUGGUCUGGUGCGAGGAGGGCAGCAGGCCAGCAGCCAUGGGGUGGCCGAGGGUGGGAGUGCAGCAGCCAUGGGGUGGCAGAGGGUGGGAGAGCAGCAGCCGCCUAAGGGGUGACUCCAACACCUGAGGUCUAUCACCUACUGUAGCAGCAUCUGGUGUAGCAGCAUCUGCUGUAGCAGCAUCUGCUGUAGCAGCAUCUGCUGUAGCAGCAUCUGCUGUAGCAGCAUCUGCUGUAGCAGCAUCUGCUGUAGCAGCAUCUGCUGUAGCAGCAUCUGCUGUAGCAGCAUCUGCUGUAGCAGCAUCUGCUGUAGCAGCAUCUGCUGUAGCAGCAUCUGCUGUAGCAGCAUCUGCUGUAGCAGCAUCUGCUGUAGCAGCAUCUGCUGUAGCAGCAUCUGCUGUAGCAGCAUCUGCUGUAGCAGCAUCUGCUGUAGCAGCAUCUGCUGUAGCAGCAUCUGCUGUAGCAGCAUCUGCUGUAGCAGCAUCUGCUGUAGCAGCAUCUGCUGUAGCAGCAUCUGCUGUGGCAGCAUCGGUUGUAACAGCAGCCUCUGUAGCAGCAUCUGCUGUAGCAGCAUCUGCUGUAGCAGCAUCUGCUGUAGCAGCAUCUGCUGUAGCAGCAUCUGCUGUAGCAGCAUCUGCUGUAGCAGCAUCUGCUGUAGCAGCAUCUGCUGUAGCAGCAUCUGCUGUAGCAGCAUCUGCUGUAGCAGCAUCUGCUGUGGCAGCAUCGGUUGUAACAGCAGCCUCUGUAGCAGCAUGUGCCUCAGUGCUGGCAGCUCACAUUACCGGGCGUGCCCUGGUGCUAAGAUGGCUGCUGCACGGAUGCAGAGGGAGGGCGUGGGGCAGAUGAGAUGAGGUGCCUGCUGCAACAGGAACACUGGAAAUGUGUGGAGGAGCAUCCAAGGUGUAGCACGGGGCUUGUGUGGAGCACGAUUGCGAAUGUAGUGUUGUUUGCAUUUUUCGAAUAAGCGCGAUAACAACAGUGCAAUGCUUCGUGAUUAAUU